AUGGCCAAUAGAAGAGAACCGGAUCCAAAAAAAAGCACCGAAUCAAUUAGUUCUUUAACUAAGCCCCAGCUUUAUUCAUUGUAUGACGAUGACGUAGUGAGAUCGGAAGAUAACGACAUUUAUGAGGAAUUGAAACGGUCUGUCUCUAUAGACUCUGGCAGAUAUAGCAGAGAUCAAACGAUUGAUUCUACGUUUGGAUAUGGCGAUAAGGUAAGUAGUUCGCUCCCUAGGAAUCCAGUAUCGUCAAAUAAUUUGGAAAGGAUAUUAUCUGCUUCAUCCAUUCACCAAAACUUCCCAUCCAGGACUAUGAAAACCCGUCAGAAUUUCGUUCAUUACUUGCAAGCCAUUUUUUUUUUAUCAUUAAGUGGCAUAGCAUACCAUGAACUAUCAAGAAACUUGCACGAUAAUCAUCUUUUACAUCCAGAAUUCGCAUCAAGACCUCUUAUUCUCGGCGUUAAAAUAUGUAAUGGGGUUUUACCGGACUGGUUGGGUUACGCCAUUGAGGGGGUGUUAUUUGGUUCUAUCAUACCGAUUCUAGAUCAGAUUUUCCAAACAGAGGUUGUUAAGAGCUCAGUACCCCACGACAGCUUGCCUUCUGUGAUUAGAAGCAUCAACGCCAUGUUAGGUGUCACGUUUGGCAUAAGAAAAAUACAGUGGAACUCUUCUCUACAAGCUGCAGGUGCAUGGGGGCUUCUGAAUGUGAUAUUAUGGUUAUUUUUCGAUGGUUCCGUAUCUAUGCUACUGAGUUGCAUCUGUAUCGGGAUAGGUUGUUGCAUUUCUUGUUAUAAAGACAUUAUUGAUGGUUCUCAGUUAGUAUAUUUCAUGGAUUUUUACUUCCUUGGUUCUUUAAUGUUCGGUAAACUAGGAAGAUAUUUAUAUUCUCAUUAA